ACCUUCACGUUGAUGGAGGUUGUGGGCUUGAAGCUUUGCCAUCAUUAAAGAAUUAAUUCAUUAAAGUACGGAAGAAAUAAAUUCGUAAGUAUUUUUUGCGAAUUCCUGUAAAAACUAAAAACAGAUAAUUAAGGAAAAGUGAAGUUCGGGUUUACUAAACUACACAUUUCUAGAGAUAAUUUUCCUCAUGGAUCCACAGCGAGGAAAUGUAUUGACAUGUUCCACGUGCUUUAAAACAUUCAGCACUAAGGAAGGCUUAAAGUAUCACAUGUUCACACAUGACGUAGAUGCGAAAAUGAAAUGCAAGCUCUGCGGAAAAAUUUCGAAAAAUCCAAAAACCUUAUCCUCUCACAUGAGAAUGCUUCACACCAACCGGGACCGACCAAGUUGCGACAUUUGUCACCGGGUAUUUUUCGCAUCUGAAACUUUACGAAGACACGUUGCUACCCAGCACACCACGCUGGAACGACCUCGUUUUCCAUGCAGUUUCCCCGGAUGCGGGAAAACCUACUUGCUCAAGGGUGAUGUCUCGAUACACGUAAAAAUUGAACACUCCGAGAAUCCGACCCGAUUCCCGUGCACGCUUUGUGGUAAAGAAUUUAAAAUCAGAAAAACCCUGGAGACACACAUUUCCACCCACACGACGGAGAAGGCCUACGUUUGUUCCACUUGUGGAAGGAGCUUUGGCCAAUUGACGGUCAUGAAAUGUCACGAGACUAUACAUCUGGAAAAAUCAACCCGAAGGAUUUUCAAGUGCGAACUUUGUCCUCAGACUUUCUUAGGCAGAGCCAUCUUACAAAGGCAUGUCCAAUUUGUGCAUGAAAGGCAGAGGAAUCAUCCGUGUACAUUUUGUGACAAAAGGUUCUCGACAUCGGACAAUAUGAGACGCCACGUGGAGGCGAGACAUCCCUCGACUAAGGAGAAGAUUCAUUCCUGCGACAAAUGCAAGUACAUGUCUCAUUCGAAAUUGUAUCUAGCACGGCAUGCGAGGCGUCACAAUCCAGCGAUUCGACUAGAGUGCUAUUUCUGCAAAAAGCAGUUUAUCAGGUUUUCAGAAUUGGUGACACACUGUCGACGUCAUACUUUAGAAUAGGAAAUUUGUUUUUAUAUAUCUGAUUUUAUUAUUUGAGCAUCGAUAUGUUCCCAUGUACUUGCCUCAAUCAAUGUUUAAAAAUUCGAUGAUCAUUCCCAAAACCCUCAUCAGAUUAAACAAUCAUCUGAAAUAAAAGCUCACGAAAAAUGAUAUUCUUCAGAUGGAGUUCAUGCUCAUUUACAUAGCAAUGACCCGCAACCUGUACUACAAUUAUGAAUGAAGUUAUGUCUGUUUGUCGAAACUGGUAAUAAAUAAAGCCAAGUAGUUACUUGAAUAAGUAUUCAAGUAAAAAUUAUA